AUGCUGUCGACUUCAUUGUCCCUGGUUAGAGAGUGGAUACUCCCCAUCGAUGUCCUUUUGCGUGGCUAUGCGGCCGACAGAGCUAACGGCUUCAAUACACCUUCAAUUUCGCAGUCGGUACCACGCGUACUCAUGUCAGGAAGUGUGGUACUGGAUGGGGCCAGCCCAGACCAGCUUGCCCUCGCCAUUGUAGAUAUACGGGCCGACCUGAUACUGCUGGUACUUCUGGGUAGGUGCUUGGGGCGAGAUUUGGCCGUACGGCGCGACGAAUCAGGAUCCGGGGGCCACUCGCUCGCGGUCAUUAUAGGUGACUUCCCACUUCAAGGCGCGGACUUCGAGGAGCUAUACGAAUUGCAGAUCAUUGGCCUCUGGUCAAGACUUGACUUGGCCAAGAAGGUGCGGAAAACAAGGCACCAAGGGGGGCUACCAACCGUCACGAAUGACAUCAAAUCGCCAUCUUUGCGCUGUGCGACGGCAUUAUGCAGGAACAAUAGUAACAACGUGGCGGAAAACAACAUGAUCAAGGAGUGGCUAGGGAAGAGGACGAUCUUCCCCGGUACGAAGUAG